AUGAGCUGCAAAGAUUCUUGCAGCCAGCAGCGGGCUAAAUCAUUAGCCUUGCUCGUAUACCAACUACCAAGAAAAGCUGAUCCGGAGGCGUGUGUGAGGAGGGCGAUCACGAAGUUGCAGUUGCAGGGAACAGCCCCUCGUCCCCUUAGUGAAGAAGAUUUCAGCCCUCUCAUUGCACAUGAUUCUGAAGCGAAGAAACUUGCUGAUCAGGUAAAAUUGGCACUCAGCGCCGAGGCGCACCGUGUCGUCUCAGUGUGUGGGAUUGCUGGUGUUGGCAAAUCAUUUCUUGUCAAAACCCUCUUUAACGACCGUGCUAGUCCUGCAUGGAGGUUCACAAACGCUUGGGUCAGUGCACCCCAUCCAUUCGAUAUCGUGGACUUGUGUAAGGGUAUUUACCAGUUCACAGCCGAUGGAGACAUUUACCACUACCCACCAUCAGAAGGCGAAGAUAUAGUCCUGGCAUGGUGGGAUCUUCUGGAACGGGAAGAACUGCAGUGGCUCCUGGUUAUUGACGACUUACAGUCCAAAGAAGAUUGGGACCUGAUAAAAGCAAACUUGAUAUCAAAAGCUUCUAAAAGUUGUAUCAUCGUUAUUACCAGGGAAGAAAGUGUUGCCAGACAUUGUGCAACGUCAGAUGAUGCAGUUUGCAUCCUCAAAGGGCUAGAAGCUAAAACGGCCCUUCGUCUCUUCGAGGAGGUAAUUAAAGGCGCAGGAACAUCUAAUCCAGAUCACAACAUGAUGGAUGAAGCGGGAUUUAUCAUAAACAAACCAGCAAAGGGCUUGACAGCUUUAGGGACGUAUUCACUACAAUGCAUUCAAGCUUUCAAGCUUGUCCUCAAGAAAUGCAUCUUCUAUCUGUCACUUUUUACUCAAAGCAGCAUAAUUCGGCGGAGCCGUUUGGUGAGGCGGUGGAUCGCGGAGGGCUAUUGUGAGGGUCUUGACAGCAACAGCAAGGUUGAAUUCACGGAGAAGCUCUUAGGCAACCUUGGCGCCCUUGGUAUGAUAGAUAAGCCCGCACAGACAUCUUCCGGGGCCGGUCACAUGAGCGGGACUUCUUUCCAAGUCAACUCUUUGUUCCUCGACUACAUCAUCUCACAGGAAACAAAAGAGAACAUUUUCCUUCCACUUGAAAUCACUGUACUGCAGGGAGAAAGCAGUCUGAAUGUACAACGUGCAGGACAGCACUUGGCCAUUGGGAGCAGCUGGAAGAGAGACAAGUUUGUGCUCGACAGCUUGAACUUCUCACGGCUACGGUCUUUGACAGUUUCUAGAGAGUGGAGGCCUUUCUUCAUAUCUCACAGAAUGAGAGUGCUUCGUGUGCUCGAUCUGGAGGACACAAACGUGAAGAAUGAUGACGUUGAACAGAUCGUGGCGCAUCUACUUCGCCUCAAGUUCCUCUCCAUUAGAAGAUGCGCAAAGGUUUCUUGUCUCCCAGAUUCCUUGGGUGGCCUGAAACAGCUCCAGACUCUGGAUAUCAGACACACCUAUGUUGCCAAGCUUCCAGUUAGCAUCAGCAAGCUGCGGAUGCUGCAGUAUGUUCGUGCUGGUACCAGUGUAGCGCUCAUGGAUGAGGAGCCAUCAACAACAAAGUGGGGUAGGUAUGGACAUGUUGCUGCUUGUGAUGGCGUUAAGGUGCCCACAAAGACUGCAGCACUCAUAUCCUUACACACGCUUGGUGUUAUCAACAUCAGCGCCACGAGUGAUAUGGACAUUCAGCAGUUAUUCAAGAACCUUACUCAACUUCGCAAGCUUGGGGUGUCUGGCAUCAACAGGAGAAACAUCAAGGGGUUCUUUUCUGCUAUUGAGGGGCACGUCCACUUGGAAUCACUGUCACUGCAGCUCCACAUGGAGAAGGAUUUGGAAUGGUUGCAUAAAAUUACCACUCCAAGGAAUCUACAGCGCCUUAAGAUGAAGGUACAUGUAGAGAAGUUCGAACACUGGAGCUGCCUACGGGUCCUUGGGCAGAUAAGAAGGCUGCAGACUCUACGCCUUCAUUUCAAAACAGACCAAGAUGUUGAGCUCCAGUUUUGUGACCAAAUGGAUGGUGUGGCAUGGUCUACACCCAUCCAAUUCUGUGAACUCAAGGUCCUCGAGAUUGCUUGCAGCUCCAACUUGCAUGUGAAGUUUGCUGAUAGGGAGAUGAAAGAGCUAGAACUGCUGCAGGUUCGCUGUUUCGAUGGGUCGUCAUUGAACUUUUCUGGGCUAGAACGCACGACUGCACUCAAGGAUGUCAGUCUCAAGGGAUCCUUUGACGACACAGUCAAGGAAGAAUUGCGGCAAACAGUUGCCCAGCAUCCGAAUAGACCUACUUUGAAGCUGGUGGAACCACGUUCAUCCUGA